AUGGGGCUUAGGGUAUUUCUAUUUCUUUCAAUGGUGCUGAGCCCUUACUUGAUUUGGGGGAUAACCGGCGACAAUAUGAACAAUGAGAAGAGUGUUCAAUAUAAACCUGAAAUUUCCUUGAGGAAACUUUCGCAUGAAUUGAGGAGUAAUGUUGCAAACACAACUUCAACAAAUGAAGAGGUAAUGGAUAGUAAAACUGCCAUGAAGAAGGGAAGUAAAGGAGCUGGAGGAGGCGGAGGCGGAGGUGGAGGUGGAGGUGGAGGAGGAGGCAGUGGAGGUGGAGGUGGUGGCGGAGGAGGUGGUGGAACCGGUGGAGGAUGGGGUUGGGGAGGAGGUGGAAACCAAGGCGGCUGUUGGGGUAGGGGAUGUGGUGGUCAUCCUCCUCCGGGAAACUAA